AUGGUUGAAUUUUAAGAUUAAAAUAAAGUUUAAGUGAAAAUAUCAAGCUUUAUUGAUAACUACAAGAUAUCAGAUAUACUAUUAGCCUCCUUCAACUAUCAAUCAAUUCCCUGUUUUGAAUUUUUACAGCAAUUCAGAUAUCGUAGAAGUAUAUUCAGAAAAAGGCAUAAAUAUCAAUGA